CAUCAUCAUUGUCACCAUAGUCAUCAUCAUCAUCAUCAUCAUCAUCAUCAUCAUCAUCAUCAUCAUCAACGUCAUCAUUAACACCGAAUGAAUACCAUUUUAACGAAAGGAUAUCAUAGUAUUUGGAGUGACAUCAUUGCUAUACUUUCUUGGUAUGGAGGGUUGAUGCAUGCAGCUGGCGAAUUGAUAGGAACAGAAUGGUACAGCCAUCUCUCUAAGUCGUCUCUUUGAAACAGAAAUUAACUGCGACUUGUGUAGUUAGCAAGUGUCACAAGAAGACUGUUUUCGCCUUAUCAUCUUCCUUUGAAAAACUAUAUUUUGAAUUCAGUCCAUUAAUGUAUGACCAGCGAGUCUUGAGAGAUAGUAUCGGAUAAAAUACGCAUAGCAGAUAUAAUAUGUACAAUUGUGCUAGAGUAUAGAUAAGAAAAGUGACAGCUGCAGAUAAACAGAAUACCGACAUGGAUGGUUUCGUUAUCAGUGUCCACAAAGCAAGACACAUUUCUAAUAAACGAAGUCCAUCGUGUGACGCCGAACCAAGCAGUCAUACUUAAAAAAAAACAAAAAUAUUUACGAGUCAUCAUGAAGUAUAAGAAAUAGAAGCAAAAUAAUCUCAAUGCCAAAGAUAUUAAUAAGAAUAACAGUAAUAAACAAAACGCACAAGAGUAGCAACACAAACUUCAGACACAACGUUUGUUUGAAUAUUACCUUUCACAAGAGAGAGAGAUAAAAAUAGAUCGAUGAUGCCGAGCCACACAUACCAAAUGCAUGUUAGGCAGACUGCAUACUCACAAUCUGCGUCCGGCAACUCUGGCACUUCCCACGUUCAAGGUCGCGCAAUUCAGUGUCCACGAGUCAGUCAGCAACGGCCAGUGAGAACGAAAAGGUUUUGGCGUGGAUCUAAAGAAAAGAUGAGAGUGGCACUUGUACUUUUGCUGGCACUGGCGGGUGCGGCUCUUGGGAAACUGGCUCCCCUCGAGAAACCAUACAAGAUCCUCAUGCUGCUGCCUGUGGGGACGAAGAGCCACAAGAACUUCUUCACGAGCGUUGCUGACGCCUUGGGCGAGCGAGGACACAAGGUGGUGAUGCUGUCCAGUUAUCCGGCGUCCUCCAAGAAUCCCAACGUCACGGAGAUCAACCACGGGCUCAAGGACUUCGAUGUCGAAAACAUGAACUUAUUUGAAGCCCGGAAUGAUCCCACGGGCGGCUUUUCUCUCUUGGAGGAUAUUCUUCCGGCCAUGGCGAAGAAACUUUAUAAAAUCCCGGAAGUGACGGAGCUGUAUGACAAGAGGAAGAUGUACGAUCUCAUUAUUGUGGACCACAUGAUGAAUGAGAUGGUCUACCCGUUCGUGCACGAACUAACGUACAUGACAAUAGCAGCCUUCGGGAUGGACGCGUGCCACAGUGCCGUGCUGGGCAACGUCCAGAACCCGGCCUACGUGUCUGGGAUGCUGGAGGAAUAUCCGAGUCCACUCAGCUUGAAGCACCGGUUCCUGAACCUGAUGCAGCACAUUUUGAUGCCGUUUUACUUGAGGCAUUGGUCUGUUGUACCGAAGAUCCAAAAGGAGAUUUCGGGCAUCUUCCCGGACCUUCCCCCGCUGCUGGACAUCGAGCGUAACCAGAGCCUGACGCUGAUCAACUCGCACUUCUCAAUGGAAGUGGCUGUUCCCUUGCUGCCGUCGCAGGUGGAAGUGGGCGCCAUCCACUGCCGCUCAACGAAGCCUCUUCCCAAGGACCUGGAAUCCUGGAUUUUCGGCGCAGGACCAGAGGGCGUCGUGUACUUCAGCCUGGGAACCGUUGCCCGUGGUACCACAAUGCCUGUUGUGUACCGUAAUAUGUUCGUCGAAGCCUUCAAGAGGCUGAAGCAGAGAGUCAUUUGGAAGUUCGAAGAAAAACUCGAAGGCGUCUCGGACAACGUGCUGAUACAGAAGUGGUUGCCGCAGCAGGAUAUUUUGGGUCAUCCCAACGUGAAAGUGUUCAUCACCCACGGAGGCCUUCUCAGCACCCAAGAAUCCCUAUACCACGCCACGCCCGUCGUCGCUCUGCCCAUCUUUGCGGACCAGCCAAAGAACGCGAUGGCAAUCCAGAAGCACGGUCUUGGCGUCGUCCUGAUGUGGGAGGAACUCUCCGUCGAUCUCAUCGUUAACUCCAUUCAGGAAGUUAUGAAUAAUCCCAAGUACAAAAGGAACGCCGAAGAGGUGAUGAGCGUGGUGCGGGACCAGCCGGAGACGCCGAGGGAGCGCGCCGUGUUCUGGACCGAGUACGUGGUCCGCCACCAGGGAGCGCCCCGCCUGAGGAGCCCGGCGGCGAAGCUCUCGUGGGUCGAGUUCCUCAUGCUCGACGUCCUGCUGGUGAUCCACGUCGCCGUGUACGUCGCCUUCUACGUUCUGUCGCGGAUUAUGAGGGCGGUGAAAGGGAAGCUCUUUCCGCGCAGUGUGAAGAAGAGGAAGAGGGACUGAGGGUUAUGUUAAUGCAUUUUUGUCAGACAUCCAGCUCUCUCUAUAUAUAUGUGUGUGUGUGUGUGUGUGUUUGUGUAUAUAUAUAUAUACAUACAUACACACACACCUAUCGCACAUUAAUUAAAGAAAACACAUACAUACAUACACUUUUUUAAAAGAUUUGCAUUAUAUUUUUGUGCUUCUCGGAAAGCAAAAAGAGAAUAAAACUUUGAUCUCCA